UUGAGAGCAUGUAGUGACGGUGGGAGAGCAGAAGCAGCAGGGGCCGAGAGGAAGCAGCUGCAUCGUCAAACUUCACAUGAACAGAAGUACCGGAAGUAUAACGUUGACUCUACGUCAGGGGUUGCGUACACAUGGACGACUGAGAUGCAGGCGUGCUAGGUCUGUCAGCGAGAUGUCUUCAAUAAAUACCGGUUUUAAUCUCGUCAUUGUCCUGGUCAGUUUAAAGGGAAAGAGCAGAUGAUUAUAGCUACAUGCUGAUGCUGAGUUCAUGGAGCAAAGUGAUGAAUAACAGUGAAUGGAGUGAAGGGUCAAUGAACGGUGAAAGCUGUGAUCUAAGUCUGUCAAGCCCAGCGCUGGCAGGGUAUUUGGGAAAUGUCAGUUGUGCUCUGUUCUCCCCUGCUGUCACAUGUGCAAAGCUAUAAUCCAAUCUGUACAAGUUAUAACCUUAAAUUGGACAAACCAUUCCUACUCAAAUCACUAAAAAGUGUGAAAAUAAGGAAAUCUUUGUAAAAGGUGAAAGUAACUGAAAAGUUAAAUUAUGGACCAGACUGAGAAUAGAGGAAUGGUAAGUGCGGCUUGCCCUUGGUGUUCUGCGAAAGGACAGAUAAAUGAUCUUCGCUCAUAUGCAGUGAACUUGAAAGAGUCAAUUACACUCUGUACUAGUCCCCUGUGCCUUUUCCCUUUAGUAAGUGGACCACUGGACAAUAUUCGUGCCAUCAUUUCUUCACCUCAAGACAUAAUAAAAUGCAAGAGAAAGUUUGAUCUCUCAUCAGAGUCUAGAGGUCCAGAUCCAUCCCCCAAGCAUUGGAAAAAAGAAGAUCUGGAUAUUGUGUCUGACGUGAAAUGCCAGAAUGUGGAUGUUGGUGACUGCAGUGUAUCCAUUCUAAAGAGAGAAUUAUUUAAUGAUCACAAGAAGCAGCAGGAGAUUGAGAAUGCUGACACCAGUACUGAGAUAUUUUAUGCCACUAGUGGGGAAUCAGGAUUUUCUGAAGUCAAGGAUCCUGUAUCUAGCAGUAGAGGCAAAACAUCGGUGGAACUACCAUUGGGUCUAACUGUGCAACAUUUAAUACAGGUGGCACCUACGCAGCAGCAUUUAUUCUGGAAAAAUAAAGAAAAUUUGUGCUGGUUAGAUUCGUUGCUUGUGGCGCUUGUAUACUCCAGAGUACUUCGAGAAACUUCAUGUGAGAAUGAAUGCUUGGCUGACAAAUCCCCCUGCACAAUUUAUACUGUGAAGAACUUGUGUGCAGCAUACAAGACAUCAUAUGCAUAUAUUAAAGCCAAGGAACAACAGUGUCAAGAUAACAUUGUACGAGUGCCUUCUGAUGACCUCCGAAAAGUAGAGAAAGAGCUAGAAGCUCUCCGAUUGUCUGCUUUCCAGUUUCUCAAGCCAAUGCUCCAGUGUGAAUUGGGUCAGAUAGAGAUGCCUGUCUUUGCCCUCCCUCUUCUACUAGGGUCAGAUGACUGGGCUAAUGGUCUUUUCCAGCAUACUGGUCAGUGGGAAUUUAGAUGCACAUGCUGUGGAUACAAUUUCAACACAAGCAUAGAGAAGACAGUAACGACAUUUACACAAAUCAUGGCUGAUUGGCACCCACUCAGAGCAGUCCAUCGAACAAAGUGCAGCAACUGUCAUAACAAGAAUCAGAAGCGGAAAUUGGUCUUACAGAGUAUUUCUUCAGUGCUUGCAUUACAUUUUGUUGAGGGGCUGCCACGAAGAGACAUCUCCAAGUAUGCAUUUAAUUUCCAUGGCAGACACUACAACAUCAGAACUAUUAUACAAUACAAUGAAGAACGUGAGCAUUUUGUAACAUGGAUCCAUCAACCAGAUGGACUGUGGCUAGAAUUUGAUGAUUUGAAGUACCCUCAUUGCAUAACCCACAAGAGGUUUACUAUCCCAGCCAGGCAGUUCCAUCUCAUUUUCUGGGAGGCAAGUUCGACAGAGAGUUUUUCUUCUGACCCUGUUAGCACCCCUUCUCAAAGGAAGAGUCAAGUGGUUGAUGUUUUUCAAGAUAUAACAAAAUCGGUACCAGAUGAAUCAUGCAUCAAUGAAAAUAAAGACACAAAUAAGGACUCAAGCAGCUGGGAUGCUUCAAUUGGCAGUACUACUCUGCUUGAUACUUUUGAGGGGCUUUCACAUAGUGAUAUUGUCACUCUUACUCUAGUUGAGGUUAAAGAUGAUCAUAAAAACCUUCUCCCAGAUUUCCAGGAAAAGGUAAUGGCAUCAGAUGAGUCAAGCGACCUACGAGAGAAAGGCUCUUUUUGUCAAACUCCAUGCAGUAUUGAAAAGAAGAAAGCAACUACUAAGACCGUUUUACCUACACCAGAAACUAUUUUUCCCUCAGUGGAAAAAGCAUCAGAAUCCAAAGACUAUCCAAAAACAAGAACGAGUCCACCUGCUUUCCACUCAAAACCCAGUGCCUCCAACCUAUCACUCUUAUUUCAUCAGCACCCUUCCCACCAGUCAACACCAUCAAGAGUACCAUUUCAUUCAGAAGUUGACACAAGAUCUAAUGGCAGCGAGUCCCUCCUGGCCAAGCCUGCUGAGCUCUUUGGUGGAUACAGAACAAGGAAUACAUCAAACUCAGUUCUACCUGGAGGACAUUUAAGGCAUUCAUUUAUGAAAUUUCCCACUGUUCCACCAAAGCUGCCUUACUGCCCUGGUGGCAUAACUUCCGGGCUAAAAUCUGCUAGCCAGAACAUCCCAAAUUCAUCAAAGUUGGUCUCAUCUACCGAAGCUCUCAGACUGAAACUGAUGAAAAGGUUAAAGGCCAAGAAAAAGAAGUUGGCAGAGUUAAAUCAAUUGCUUAGUAUUGAGGAAGGUGAGUCUACUCCCAGGCCAGACAGCACAGAUGUUUGCUCUCCAUACUCGGUCACCUCCAGUACAUCAGGAUAUGAUAGCCCGGCAUUUGAUGAUUUUUUUGCUGAGCUUAUAUCUCCAACUAUAAACUCCAGCAACUUGUCACCAGAUAGCACAGUCCUCUUGGAGAUACUAAGCAAUAGCCAAAUUGCUGGAACAUCAGAAAGCAACUCUCACGGGAAAUCAGCACCAGCUUUUGCGCUUCCAGUUCCUCUACUUAAUUACCCUUCUUCAACCAGUGACUGCUUUCUUGAUGAACCUGUAAUUGAUAAUAGUGAACUUAAUGCUUUAGAUAUUUUCUUUUGAUGAGUGUUUAAUGUUCUGUCAUUUUGGACUAGUGUUUAAGUGUUUUUCCUAACUAAAUAUCAGCUCAUAUAGAUUUUAUGGAUUACAUUAGAAUAUAAAAACAUGUUUUCAGCCUGACUGAAAUGCUAAUAUGUAAUCACUUGCAUCUUCCACCCAAAUUGGUGGUUGGGGAUAAGUUCUGUAUUACAAGCAAAUAAGGGCUGAUUCUUGUAAAGACAACUACUGUUAAGUUAUAAUGUGUAUGGGUUUGUGUACAUUUGAAGUGAAUUUUUGCACAGACAUGCACAAAAUAUUGCAGAAUUAUGAAAAACUAAAUAAACAGAUUUUUUCAAGUCAA